CUCCCGGGGAAGUGGGGCGCGACGGGACGGGCGGGGGGUGGUGGCAACAGUUCAGGGCACAUCCGCAACUCCUCUUCCCCGUACCGUCCUGAGUGGUGCUCAUUCCCGCCUCGUUCCCGGUUCCGCCCACACGAGGCGCCUCAGUCUGGGGGGCUGUAACGGUUUUAACAGUCGGGGCGCGCGGUCCGUGCGUGUGUGUGGGGGGGUUUAUGGGGCUCCCUCCCCUCCCCGAGACUUGAGGUGUUUUGGGUGGGGAGCGGGGGACGCUGAGCUGCCCCUGGCGCGGGUGGGCCGGUCAAGGGGUUGUCGCGUCGCGACCCCCAGCCGCGGGGGCUGAGGCGUGAGCUUGUGCGGCGCCGUGGGGAACGCGGUGCGUCCCGGGUGUCGGCGUGGGGAAGCGGCUGCGUGGAGGCGGGUGCCUGCCGUCCCGGCCGGGCUGCGGGCGGCGCCUGCGUUGGAUCCGCCCGUGGAAGCGGCCGGUUGCUUGCAGGAGCUGCUCCGCGGGGAUUUUCCUUCAGUCGCUCGGCGAUGGGGGCGUGAAACGUUAUUGUGGCGAGACGUACGCCUCACGGGGAUGAAUCCAGCUAACGCUUACCUGAAAGUGUGCUGGUUUGGGGUUUUUCUUUUUAAAAGCGGGUUUGAAGCUUUUUGGAUAGUCCUUGCUUUUUACAGCUUACCGUAAAGAACCCAAACCCAGGGGAGGCUAAAUUAAUUGAAAUAAUAACUCUUCUCCUGCUGCGAAGGUUUUGCGUGGCUGGGGUGUUUCUGUGCAAGGUUCUCCUGAGCAGGGUGAGCCAAAAGAGGUGUAACAGGCUGUACUGGUGUGGAGAACGCCUAUAUAUCCUGCCCCUCUUGCACUACAAAAACUAGGGGAAUAUUGAAUGUUGCUUUCCGGAGCGAAGCCCAAAACAAGAUUAGGGGGUUCAUCUGUCAGUAGGUAUUGUGGAAUUCCUCACCGAAGGAUGUGGAGGCAGAAUAAUUUCCAAGAGGUGCUCGAGAAGGAUUGGAGGAAAGAUCUGUUAAGGUUUACCAACAGGCAAACCACGUGAGGCCAAAGGAAUUCCCCAAACCAGAAAUAACUGGAGGCAGAGAGCUCUUGGCAGACCUGUAUGCACUGCACACACGUAUUUUUCCUGUGGCAUCUGUUUAUCCCGGCUUUGGGUGACCGUAGACCAACUGAACUUUUGGUCUGAGCAACUGUGGUUAUUCUUAUGUGCCUCCUAAAGUUUCCCAGAUAGAAUUUUCCAGCAUGUCUUCACUAACAGAAAAGGACCGACCAAUUGUUCAGCUGUUAUUGAACACUGGCACUUGCCCACGAUGUAUUUUAAGGUUCUGCUGUGUGGGAUCACAGACGCUUUAUAGAUAUCCAUAUGAGGAUUUGAUGAAGGAUUUAAAAGAAUUUCUGAAAAAUAAUCAAGAAAAGGAAGAUUCGGUUUGUUCUGAUGCAGUUGAUCCACCUUGUAAGAGAAUUAGACUUGGACACACAGAAGGGCCUGAUGAUCUGAACCACAAUGGAGGCCUUCAGCAGGUUCCUUCAGUUAACAGUGAAAAUACUGCAACGGAGAACUCAUCUGUGAAGGUUUGCAAUGUGUGUUUGGGAAUUCUUCAGGAGUUCUGCGAGGCUGACUUUGUUAAAAAGGUGUGCCAAAAGGUUAAUUCUGCUGACUACCAGUUCACUAGUUUCGUCUUUUCUGUGUCGCUACCCCCACAGCUGUCUGUUAGGGAGCGUGCUGCUUGGCUGCUGGUAAAACAGGAAAUGGGAAAUCUGGGCCUUUCCUUGGCAAAGGAUGACAUUGUUCAGCUGAAAGAAGCUUAUAAGUGGAUUAUUCACCCCCAAUUGUCAGAAGAGUUGGGUGUUCCUGCUGAUGGAAAGAGUUUGUUUGAAGUUAGCGUGGUCUUUGCUCACCCAGAAACAGAUGAAGAGUGCCAUUUCCUAGCCACAGCCUGUCCAGACUGUUUCAAACCAGCCAAGAACAAACAGACUGUUUUCACUAGAAUGGCAGUUAUAAAAGCCCUAGAGAAGAUAAAAGAAGAGGAUUUUCUCAAGCAUUUUCCAUGUCCCCCAAGUUCACCAAAGAACCUCUGCGUUGCUCUGGAAAUUCAGUGCAAUAAUGGUGCAGUUUUUGUGGCUGGAAGAUAUAACAAAUAUUCAAGGAAUUUACCUCAGACUCCCUGGAUUAUUGAUGGCGAGCGGAAGCUGGAAUCUUCAGUGGAAGAACUGAUUUCAGAGCAUCUAAUGGCAGAAUUCAAAGCAGAUAGCUUUAAUUUUUCUUCCUCUGGAAGAGAAGAUGUGGAUGUAAGAACACUAGGCAAUGGAAGGCCCUUUGCAAUUGAGCUUGUGAAUCCUCGUAGAAUACAUUUUACUGCUGAGAAAAUGAAGGGACUUCAGCAGACAAUUAAUAACUCUUCAGACAAAAUACAGGUUCGAGAUUUACAGCUUGUCACCAGAGAGGCAAUUGGUCGUAUGAAGGAAGGUGAAGAGGAAAAAACAAAGACCUAUAGUGCCUUAAUUUGGACAGACAAAGCAAUACAGAAAGAAGACAUUGCAUUUCUGGAUGAUAUCAAGGAAUUAAAACUUGACCAGAAGACACCUCUCCGGGUCCUGCACAGAAGGCCUCUAGCCGUAAGAUGCCGGAUCAUUCACACCAUGAAAUCUGAGUACAUAGAUGAGCAUCAUUUUCGCCUGCAUCUGAAGACUCAAGCAGGAACCUACAUUAAAGAAUUUGUGCAUGGAGACUUUGGAAGAACAAAGCCCAAUAUUGGCUCCCUGCUGAACAGAACCGCCGACAUUCUGGAGUUGGAUGUAGAAUCUGUUGAUGUUGACUGGCCUCCAAGCCUGGAUAAUUAACUUUUCAAGUUGGGACGAGGAAGAAGCAGCAACUCUGUCAGCAGCUGGUUACCAAACACUGCAUAGUAUUACAGCUUGGUUGCAAAGUAUUUCUGUUAAAUAUUUGGAUCAUGUUGAUCUGCCAAAGGAUACUGGUUUUUGAAUCAACUUUAAACACUCUGGAAGAGGUAGUGUUCAUUCAGUCUCUAGCCUUAUUUUAAUUUCUUCUGUGCAUAAAAAGAUUUUGGUAAGCCAAAAAAGAGAGUAAGUUUUUUUUAAAAAACAAGAGAUAGAUAAAUGGUGUAACAUGUGCAAAUGGUGCACUAAGCAAGUACAUCAAAUAUGCUUUCUGUAGUACUUUAAAAUGUUUCAAGUAAAAAUAACGCUCCCUCAAGCCAGAUUUUUUUUUUUAACUCCUUUUGUAGUGGAUGCUGCAGCUUUCCUGUCUGGAUGCAGGUAGCUCUGAGUUACCUAAAACCCAGCCCUGACUUUUUUCUGAGCACUGCUCAUGCAGGAGUAUUUCCCAAAAGUCAGGGAGACUCUGAAAGCAGUAGGAUAGUGUCUGGAACGAGGCGGCGCUCUGCUCUCUGCUGACCGCUUCUCGGUCAGCGUUGGUUUUGGAGACGGGCAAAGUUGUCUCCCAGACAAAGUACUUCUCAAAGGGAAAAAACAGUUUUUAGAGGAAAACUUUGCACUUAAACCCAAGGUUUUUCUCACUUAAAAACAUCAGUGAUGCUUCCUAGAAACACCAGUUGAGGUACUUGAGGCCUCAGCAGGUCUCUGGCCUGGUUAGAGUCCUCUUCAGGCGUAGGAUUUCCCCAGCUGAGUCACCGUAUAGAAAAAGAUUGGCAACUCCUGGCAGUGGUGCCCGAUGGAAAUGUAAAGAAAAAAAGGAAUACCAAGAACCUCAAAGCGUAGGCAAAUACAAAAUGUACCAAAGAAUGUUGGUAUUGAAAGACCAAGGCAGAGAUAAAAAACUUUGGUUUGUAGCAUAAUACAUUUUUUUCUGGUACCUGGCCUUGGCUAGAUGCCUGGAAGAGUUGAACAUGGCCCAGGAACUUGCCUGGAAUAGGGAGGACCUGAGUUUUUCUCUUUACUUGUCUGAUUUUAAAUGUUUUAUACAAAGCACCCCCUCUGUCUUUAGGAAGAGCCACUUCAAUGCCUGUAUCAUGUUAAUCCAUCAGGAAGAUGCUUCUGCUUGCCUGAAGUACAGAAGAGAGUUAAACUAACUGACAAGAAAUUAAGGUUUGGAAUUUAAGGGCUCUUCGUUAAUUAACAUUUCAGAAAUAAAGAGGGUAAAAUAUUUGCCAAGACAAACCACUGAGGACAGGGAGGAUUACUGAGACAUCUUACCUCCAGUGCGGUGGGGCCAGGACCUCAUCAUAGAACACCUGCACGAUAACUUUAGCUGAAGGCUCAAAGCAUCAUUAAUAAAUACAUUUUCAAGGAGAUCCUAAAAACCGAUCUUGAAAAAUUAGUUUAAAUAUUAUACACUCUGCCUGUGACGGGCUGUCAAAACUUGUCUCUCGUUCUUUGUUUUCCUAGUCCAAUGUAGCACAUGUAUAGCAGUAGUUCAGGAGCUUCGGUUGUUCUAACACAAAAAUAAUGGGAACAUGAUUCAGACAGGAGCAUUUCUCUGUUUUUCAUCUUAAAGCUGUUAUGAGCAACAGAUUCCAGGAGUAGUUGUCUCAGAUAAUAAUCUGUACCCAGAAAGGAAGUGUCAUGAAUGAUGGAAAACUCAAGAAACUGAAUUCAGAAAACAAACAAAAGAGAAUUUCAGUCUCAUAUCUUUGUGAUUUCUUGACACUCAAAGUGAGCUAGAACAUGAUUUAUAAAUUCCAUAAACUACAGGGGGAAAAAAAUGUCAACAGGGCUGCACUGUGGACACGGCCGCCAGGAGCAGAGCCGCUGGGCAGCGUGGGGACACCCGAGGCGCCCGGCCGCAGCCCGGUACCCGGCCACACUGAGAAUCGAAGUGCAGAUAAAAACAAGGUGCUAAAGAUUACGGGGGGGAGGGUUGUCUGAUCUCUUCUCCCUACAGUGUAGAGAGGCCCGCCAAAAAUUCCCAGAUUGGUUCUUUUUAUGAUAAAUUUGAAGGAUCCAAAUGGGGGGGGGGAGGGGUAAAGCUGAUGGUGCAAAUAUCUCUACAGGUCUUUAGAUAGUUAUUGUUUAUUGAUCAUGUGAAAAUAUGAAAAUGAGAGAUGCAAUCUAGCUUUUUGAACUUUGUUUAAAGUCUGCAGUUUCCAUUAUGAGGUAAACACUUUGAACUAUCAUCAUCCGGAACAAAUAUCGCAGCAACGAUAUUGAUGUUUUACUUUGGGCUUCAUCUUUUUUUAAAAGUAAAAUACCUACUUGUGGGUACUUAAAUAGGAUGGUUUGUGAGAAUAAGAUUUAAUCUUGUUCAUUAGGCAUGUGUGAAAGAGGUAGGUAUUUUCUAGCACAUUAUGUAAAAAAUAAUAAAAAAGGCAGGUGGGUAUUCUUAGCACCAUCCUCCUUUGCACUGGGAGGACUCUUAAAAUAAAGCCGCUGUAUUUCCCCAAAUAAGUGGGGAUCUAUAAUGUCCCUUCCUACUUUUUUUUUUUUUUUGCAUCAGUUUAACUGGAGAAGGCUGUACCAGUCACACAGCUCCAGCUGGGCAUGAAAGCAUCUGUCCUCUCUGCCACAAAAACCUGCCGAGUGCAGAUGAACCCCUCGUACACACGUUGCUUUAGGUUGGGUGGUGGCCAACCGUACCUGUGAGUAGCAAAUACUCUAAAAAACCCCAGGAUGAGCAACCCCUGAUCUCCUUUCCGCCACUUCUCUGGCUUUCUUACAGUGAGGGAUGUCAUGAAUCUGAGAAGGUUGCAGAAGCCGAGUACUUAGUAUAACCAGUUUUUUAAUUACCAAACCAAUUUGUUUACAAAGGAAAAAAGAACUUUAACAAUAUUUAAUUAAACAAUAAAAACAAAUUGUACUAUAACGAGCUUUCUAUGAAGUGAGUAAAAUGUUUACAUUUAAUAUAGUUAAAAUUGAGAACUUCAGAAAAAAAAAAAAAAAACAAACCUGAA